AUGUCAGACGCAGAUUAUUCGAGCAACGACAGCUCUGAUUAUAGUAUUUAUUCUGAUGACGAAGAAUCUUCUGAUGAAGAAAACAGCGCAGAUGACAAUUUAGCCAAUGUUCGUGGCUGGUGUAAAAUUGAUGUUUCUAAUUGCCCUCCGGCACCACCAAGAUUCAGUUUUCAAGAAAAACCAGGACUGACGUUUGACGUAGUUGACGGAGAAAAUCCACUGGAGUAUUUUUUAAAGUUUUUCGAUGAUGAAAUCCUGAAUUUUAUAGUUAAAGAAACAAACGAAUUUGCUGAUGAUUUUCUAAUAAAUGCUAAUAUAACACCGAGAUCUCGAUGUUUAUCCUGGAAAGAACUUACAAAGGAAGAGCUUCAACUGUUCCUCGCUUUGAACAUCCUCAUGGGCGUCAACCCUAAGCCAAAAAUAGAGAUGUAUUGGUCGAAGGAUCCAUUGAUUGAAAGUCCAUUUUUUCGCUGCUACAACCUUGAGCGGGAUAUUUGUAUAGAUGAGUCUCUUCUUCUGUAUAAAGGAAGGUUAGCGUGGAAGCAAUACAUGCCGAAAAAACGUGCUCGAUUUGGAAUAAAAUUUUUCAUGCUGUGUGAAUCAUCAUCGGGCUACAUAGCAAAUGCUAUCAUAUACAUUGGAAAGGACACCGAUUUUGAUACGACAUACAUGAACUAUGGAUUUUCGACCAAAUGCGUGAUGACCCUCAUGGAAACUUUAUUGAACAAAGGACAUUGUCUUAUUAUGGACAACUUCUACAACUCCCCAGAGCUAACUGAGCUUCUAAUCCAGAAUAAGACAGAUGUCUAUGGAACUUUACGAUGCAACCGCAAAGAUCUUCCCACGGGAUUCAAGUCGGAGAAAAUUAGGGAAAAUGAUGUAAUAGCAUACCAGAAGGGCAAAAUGCUUGUACUGAAAUGGAUGGAUAAAAGAGCUGUUUCAAUGAUAAGCACGAUUCAUUCUGCACAGAUGACGGAUGUGAUACCAAAAGCGUAUGAACAGCAAGUGUUGAAAAAAAAGCCAUCGACCGUUGUUGAUUACAACAAAACAAUGGGUGGAGUGGAUAAAAUGGACUCGUGCACGUCGAAUUAUUCAGCAAAACGAAAGCGGCAGAAGAAAUAUUACAAAAAAAUAUUUUUUCAUUUAUUGGAUUUGACAAUUUGGAAUUCUUUCAUUUUAUAUAAGAAAAAUGAUGGAUCAUUGGAUCAUUUGGGAUUUCGAAUGAAACUCGUCAGAAACAUUGUAGAGAGGUGUGCAAGUAAUACAUCACGUAAAAGCACUAGUUCAAAAAAGAUAGAAAAUCCCCUUAGAUUUACUGGGCAACAUUUCCCCCAUAAAAUUCCAGCCACGGAAAAAAAAGCCGAACCUACCAGAUGCUGCGUCAUUUGCUCCUCUAAGAAAAAAGAUAAUGGAAAGAAAAUCAGAAGAGAAACCAGAUACCAUUGCCCAAAAUGUGAAGUUGGUUUGUGUCCUGCUCCAUGUUUUGAAAUCUUUCAUACAAAAGAUGAUGAAGAAUAG